UUUUCUUUUCCUUCAGGCUUCUGCUAAGCAAGCAUCUUCCUUUCCCACACUUUUUCUCCCUCAUCUUCUUCUUCUUCUUCUUCUCACUAAAUUCUCUUCAUUCUUCUCCAAAAUAUCAAUUCUCUCAGAUUUCCACUUCUCAUCCCUCAAAAACCCUAUCCACUUCCACAAAUCUUUCCCUUCUUUUCAUUUCAGAAAUUCCCCUCCUUCAUAUUAUUUUCUGGGUUUCAUUGAUCAACCCCACAAAAAUAAAAAAAUCAGUUCUUUCUCUCUCUGUCUCUCUCUAUAUCUAUAGUACAUAACUCAUUUUCUGUUAUCCUUUGAUUUUUCUCAAUUAUCAAUAUCUGAGCUUCAAAAGCCUCUGAAUUUGACACUACCCUGAUCUCAAGUUUUGAACUUUGCUGAAAUCUUUGCUUCUACUUUUUUUUUUUGAAGAAAUUCUCCAAACAGCUCAUUUUCUCUCUCUUACAGUACAUAACUCACUUUUUUCUUCUUCUUUUUACUGUGUAAUAUCUGAGCUUGAGAAUGCUCUGAAUUGGGGACUUCCCUGAUCUCUCGAAUUUCACUUUGGUGAAAUAUUUUGUGGUUCUGGUUGGUAUCAUUGUUUGUUGAAGUGAUUUGAUGGGAAUCUGCCAUGGAAAACCCAUCGAGACCCAGCAGAGUGAGAGAGAAAACCCAGAAUUCCCGAACGAAGUUCCGUCAUCAACAACAACAACGAACCCCACCAAACCCUCGAAAUUCCCAUUCUACAGCCCGAGCCCUUUGCAGAGUUGGUUCAAAAACUCGCCGGCGAACUCAAACCCUAGCAGCGUGAGUUCCACACCGUUGAGGAUCUUCAAGCGUCCCUUCCCUCCUCCGUCGCCGGCCAAGCACAUUCGCGCGCUCCUCGCCCGGCGCCACGGCUCCGUGAAGCCGAACGAAGCCUCCAUACCUGAAGGCAGCGAGUGUGAGAUUGGGCUGGAUAAGAGCUUCGGCUUCGCCAAACAGUUCUCGGCCCAUUACGAGCUCGCCGAAGAAGUGGGCCGCGGCCAUUUCGGCUACACCUGCUCCGCCAAGCCCAAGAAGGGCCCCCUCAAAGGCAUCGACGUUGCCGUCAAAGUCAUUCCAAAAUCCAAGAUGACUACAGCAAUUGCCAUUGAGGAUGUAAGGAGAGAAGUGAAGAUAUUGCGGGCUCUAACAGGACAUAAGAAUCUGGUGCAAUUCUAUGAAGCCUAUGAAGAUGAUGAAAACGUUUAUAUAGUUAUGGAGUUAUGCAAAGGAGGGGAAUUGCUAGAUAGGAUUCUUUCCAGGGGUGGAAAGUACCCAGAAAAUGAUGCCAGAGUAGUUAUGAUCCAAAUAUUAAGUGUCGUAGCAUUUUGUCAUCUGCAGGGUGUUGUUCACCGUGAUCUCAAGCCAGAGAAUUUUCUUUUCACUUCUAAGGAUGAAAAUUCCAUGUUGAAGGCCAUUGAUUUUGGAUUGUCUGACUAUGUGAAGCCAGGUCUGGCAUAUUCCCUGCUUUCAUAUUUCUGUUGUUUUAUUAACAGAGAAUAUAAACAACUAGUGGUAACAAUCCGAUUUUCUUUUUCAGAUGAGAGGUUGAAUGAUAUUGUUGGAAGUGCUUAUUAUGUAGCCCCAGAAGUUUUGCAUAGAUCUUAUGGGACAGAAGCAGAUAUGUGGAGCAUUGGUGUAAUUGCUUAUAUUCUUUUAUGUGGGAGCCGUCCCUUUUGGGCUCGGAGCGAAUCUGGUAUAUUUCGGGCUGUACUUAAGGCAGAUCCAAGUUUUGAUGAGGCUCCUUGGCCUUCUUUAUCUGCUGAUGCAAAAGAUUUUGUAAAGAGGUUGUUGAAUAAGGAUUAUCGUAAAAGAUUGACUGCAGCUCAGGCACUAAGUCAUCCAUGGCUGGUGAAUCAUCAUGAUGAUAUGAGGAUACCUUUGGAUAUGAUAAUCCACAAGCUUGUUAAAGCGUACAUUUGCUCAUCUUCUUUACGUAAAUCUGCUUUACGGGCUCUUGCAAAGACAUUAACAGUAGCUCAGCUAGCUUAUCUCAGAGAUCAAUUUACACUGUUAGGGCCAAACAAGAGUGGAUUAAUCUCUAUGCAGAACUUUAAGACGGCUGUUUUGAGGAGCUCCACAGAUGCUUCAAAGGAUUCAAGGGUCUUAGAUUACGUGAAUAUGGUUAGUUCUAUCCAAUAUAGGAAACUAGAUUUUGAGGAAUUUUGUGCUGCUGCUAUAAGUAUGCACCAACUAGAGGGAAUGGAGAGCUGGGAGCAGCAUGCAAGGCGAGCCUAUGAGCUUUUUGAAAAGGAAGGAAAUAGACCAAUUAUGAUUGAGGAACUUGCCUCGGAACUUGGGCUUAGUCCAUCAGUACCUGUUCAUGUAGUACUUCAAGAUUGGAUAAGGCACUCAGAUGGGAAGCUUAGUUUCUUGGGGUUUGUCAGGCUUCUGCAUGGGGUUUCUUCCCGUGCAUUUCAGAAGGCUUGAACGAAUAGUUGCUAUUAUUUUUUCUUGCCCUUUAUCUUUAAAUAUUUUGAUAGGAUAAUGCUUUAGCUACCCUCCAUCAGCAGACCUCAAUGAUGGCUUCUGCAAGUUGAAGGCAGUGGCUGAUAGGAAUUUGUUGCUGAGGAAGCUGUAUGCAACAUCUUCAUGUAUCAAUCCCACUUUUCCAAAAUUUACCAACACAACCUUCUCUCCCCACCUUGUUCUCACUCACUUUAGGUUGGUGGUUCUGAAGUUAGAGGCUUGUACAGAUGAAAACUAGACCACAAAUUGUACCUAGAACCAUCAGAACCUCUCAAAAAUUAUGAUUCUCUUCGCGUGUUACCCAUGCCACCUAUCAAUAAACCUUCUUAUCACGUGAACUCCUUCAUAGUUGACAGCUUUUUUAACUUUUUUGUUGUAUUUAUAUGUUAUUAUUCAAGGCCACAAGGGAUGGUGCUUUUUAUAUACAAUAGCUUUAUGGAGUUUUGAAUCUAUAACUUGUUCCAAACUGUGCACACACAAAACUCUUUUGCUCUGACAUGGGUGGCUUUUGGUUAAUCAGCUAUGCAACUAUCUUUAUAUUAUUCCAAGCUUCUAAGGAUAUCA